AUGUUGAGAGAGUUGUUGGUAUUGGCCCUGACGGGCUUCUGCCUUGCUCAGGCAGCGGGCAUUGAGACCCACACUGCUGACAUGGACUUCCUCCACAAGCAGAAAAAGAUCUACGAACUUUUCUUCUACAUCGACCAGCCCAAGCUCAUUGGCAGCGAGUUCUACGAAGUUGGACGCAGCUAUGACAUCGAGCAAAACAUUGACUUGUACAAGGACAAGAUGGUUCCCCGCGAGUUUCUGUACAGAUUCAAACUGGGCAUGCUUCCCAGAGGUGCCCUAUUCUCGGUCUACUACAAGGAACAUCGCGAAGAACUCCGCGUUCUCUUCAAACUGUUCUACUACGCCAAGGACUUUGCCACAUUCUACAAGACUGCAUCCUGGGCUCGUCUCUACAUGAACGAAGGAAUGUUCAUUAUGGCUCUUACCACCGCUGUUAUGUACAGACCAGACUGCAAACACAUUGCCCUUCCACCCAUGUACGAAGUGUACCCACAGCUCUUCUUCAAUAAUGAAAUCAUUCAGGAUGCUCAGCGUAUCAAAAUGACUGGAUACAAAAAAGAAAUGGGUGUAGGCAACGUCGAGACAUUCUUGAUCAACACCAACUACACCACCUCCUUCAUGAAGUACUUCGCCGAUAAAGAGUACGAGCUUGACUACUUCUACGACGAUGUUGGCCUGAACAACUACUACUACUACAUCCGCAGCAUCUUCCCCUUCUGGAUCAGCUUGAAGGACCUCGAAGUACCAAAGCAGAUACGUGGAGAGCUCUACUACUACGUCCACCAGCAGCUGAUGGCCCGCUACUAUCUGGAACGUCUGAGCAAUGGAUUCGGCGAGAUCGAGGACUUCAAUAUGUACAAGAAAUUCGCCCCAGGAUACUUCUCAACCCUCGUCUACGCAAACGGCGUUGCCCAGCCAAGCCGCGAUAGUUACAGCGAAGUGCCAGCCUACAAAUACAAAUACGUCAAGGAGAUCAAAAAUAUUGAGUACCGAAUUCUGGCCGCCAUUGACUCUGGUUACAUCAUAGACAAGGAGGGCAAGCAGUACAGCCUCUACUCCCACGAGGGAUUGAACUACCUAGGAAACCUGAUCGAGGGCAACGGUGACUCCUGCAACACCCGCUUCUACGGCUCCAUCGACGUCCUCUACAGAGACAUCUUUGGCUUCAACUACGACUGCAAGCACAAGAACUGCGUCAUACCAAGUGCCCUCCAACUGUUCAGCACAAGUCUUCGUGACCCAGCCUUCUACCGCCUGUACAAGACGAUCAUCGGCUACUUCUACAGAUACAAAAGCAACCUGCCAGCGUACACCAAGAACGACUUGGAGUUCUCCGGAGUCUUCAUUGAAGACGUCAAGCUUGACCAGCUGUACACAUUCAUCGAGGAGUAUGACUACCUGAUCAACAACGCCGUGACUGUUAACAACUACAAGGACGGCAUGAACUUCAACGUGAAGGCUAGGAAAUACCGUCUCAACUACAAGCCGUUCACGUACCAGAUUGACGUCAAGAGUGAGAGGACCACCAAGGGUAUGGUGCGCAUCUUCAUGGGACCAUCCUACGAUGACAGAUACUUCAAGAAACAGACCUACUUCUACUACAACUGGUACAACUUCGUUGAAGUUGACAAAUUCAUUGUUGAGUUGAAGACUGGAUUGAACACAAUUGAGCGCAAGAGCACAGCCAGCAGUCUCACAGCUAAGGACUUCCCCGGUGGUGACAAAUUCUACAAGAAACUGCUCAAGGCUGUCGAAGGAAACGAGCCAUUCACCUACACCGACAAACUGUACGGCUUCCCAGACAAUCUGUAUCUUCCACGCGGUCGCGUUGGUGGAUAUCCAUUCAAACUCUUUGUCUUCAUCUACCCGAUCGACGAGGCCAACCUCACCACCUUCGACAUCCCACUGUUCGGCAAGAUGCUCUACGACGGCAAGCCCUUCGGCUUCCCACUGGACAGACCCAUGUAUCCAUGGUAUUAUGACCUCAAGAACAUGUACUUUAAGGAUGUAUAUGUCCACUACAUGAAGGAGAACGUGGAGGGCUACCAGUACCAGAAGGAGCUCUACGGAUCCCAACAUUUCACCGAGAAAUACGAGACGUAUGGCCAGCAGUACCCAAAGUACGAAAAGUUCGGCAAGUACUACGGAAAGCACGACGUGUACCCAAUGGACAUAGAGAAGACCAUGUUCUAAGCGACACUGUGUAAUUGAUUCCAAUGUUGAUCAUGUUGAAUCUAUCAUGAGCCAUUGUAUAAUGAAAUUUUCGGUGAAAUAAAAAUUAUUCUUCAAGUUUAA